CAAGUUUUUAUUUUAUCAGCAUUAUUAUUAGUGUUAUCGAACCAUCCAGCCAUUUGUCAGUCAAAGGAUACAGAAUCCCGAGUCACCUGAUGGCACGGUGGCAGCAACCGAGCGAGAACAACAAUAGGGGAAAGAGAAGCGGCUGAGGACGAUGUGUUUCGAGGCUCCAUUUUGAAGCAUAUUAUUAUUCUCGCAUUCCAACGUAUACCGGUACUCUAGCUAGUACCGGUAGGUAUCUUGGUCUGAUUUUUAUUGUACAUCUCGGGCCCAAUGAAGAAGACGGAUCUUUGAAAGAGAUAUUGCCACAAAUGGAGGUUUCUUCUGAGGGAUUCAGUGAUAACAAUGGUUCUGGAAACAUCCACCAUAGAAAGAGGCCAACAGUUUCGGAAGAGCAAGAUUCGCCUCGUGGGAUAAAGCAGUCCACGACGACAACAAACAACAAUAUUGAUGAUGAGAACAGUCAUCUUCAUGGCCAUGACUUGCAUUCGAGGUGCUGCCCCCCGACAUAUCGAACUGGGUUGCUGCUGACACUGGUUCUACUCGCCUUGUACCACGUAGGGAUGAAUCGACAGUUGGAGGAUAAAAUCUGGUCGUCUCGUCCGGAAGUGGAGGAGCGGCCGGAAGGGGAGCAGAGAUCUUAUCCACAGGGCAACGGUUGGCAAGACUUUCAGCGAGACUAUUAUCUUCGCUACCACCGCCGUCCUCCCGAUUCAUUACGAAUGUGGCUGCAAUAUGCCAAGGACAACAAGUGUAAUGAUAGGGAUUUCUACACUUACAUCGAAGAAGAUUUGAAGUCAUACCGAGAACAAAUCAACCGAACGGGAUCUCCCUUGCGCUAUCCGGAUGUCAUUUCUUCGGGGCAGAGGCUAACAGACAACUACAUUGCCUUCACACUUGAAAACCACCAAUUGAACGUGGUUGCUUCCCACAAUAUACAUUUGAAUUUUGUUCAACAAAGCAUGAUAGAAAGGAACAUUCGAAAACUCUUGCUGCCGCUACUGGCACAUCAACCUCCAUUCCAAUCAGUCUUGUUCUUUGAUCUACACGAUCAUCCAUCCCGUGGCACUACCAGUGAUACCCUUCCUUUGUUUUCUGUUUGUAAAAUGAGAUACAUGACCGAAGACAAGCGCCCACCAUCGGAUGCUCAAUUGGCUACUUUCAUGGAUCAAUCAUUCACACCAUCCGUGCUGGGACAACGACACCAAUACACCCGUCUGCAGGCCGACGCUUCCAUUUUUCAUCCCGAAUUCACAGAUUCCUAUGAUUCUCGGGGCAUUAUGGUCCCCUACCAUUUUGGGCUCAAUGAUGAUGAGGAAGCAUCACCCAAUCCCUCCAUGCCAGCCUUGAAGGAUCGCAAGGAUGCCAUUGUAUGGAGGGGUUCGACCACUGGCUCGGAGUGGGGCGUUUCGCCAAGAUUUCAUCUCGUGGAACGAUUUGGAGGCAACGAUGCGCAUCCCAUUGCACUCAGUGUCCCCGUCAUUGCCGACUUUGCCUUUGUAGAUAUUGUUCAAAACUACACAGACAAACAUACCAUGUCACCGCAUUGGCGAGUCUCCCGUCGCAUGGAACCCGAAGAGGCGCAACUCUUCAAGUACAUUAUGGAUGUGGAUGGAAAUUCGUUUACGGCUCGAUUCCCCAGAUUGCUCAGGCUUGGAUCUGUCCUUUUCAAAUCCACACGUUAUCGGGAAUGGUUCUCAGAACGGCUCCGUCCUUUUGUGGACUAUGUUCCAGUGAACUACAAUCUUACUGAUCUAGUCGACAAGGUCAAAUGGGUACAUGAGCACCCGGAAAUGGCCGAACGAAUUGCCCAACAUGGAAAGGAGAUGUCCACCCAUCACAUUCGCGAUGACGACAUGAGAUGCUACAUUUAUCGCUUGAUUCUGGAAUAUCAUACUUUGUUCAGUGGUGACUGGUGAAAGGGACACAACCAGGCACCAAGGAAUGGAGAUCAUCACCAAAUACAAUCAUCGUGACCGAGGACAUGGACUUUUUAUGGACAGGUAAGUCAUCCAAGAAACUGACGGGGCUUCUCCAGGCCAUGGUGAUUCUCCAAGUGUUCCAUCAGAUCAUCGCAACUGUCAAACUUUCUACCGCGGCUAAAGGAGCCGCAAUCGUUGCAGUAAAAGUACCCGGAGCUGCUAAUGCCGACAUCCACAUUAUGGUUUCCUUUGAUGUGGUAGACGAUGUUUUCCGCUACCGCUCCGGUUGAAGAUCCAAAACUGCAUUCACCGCAUUUAUACAGUCCUGUGGUAUAGUCCCAGCAGUCCGACUUGGAAAUGCAGUCACAGCAAUGCUUGUCUUCCAAAUGCUCCAACAGAUCCUCAAAGGAAGCAAAUCGCUUGCCGCUACCAUAAGAUCCUUUCGUACAGGCAUUGCAGAAAAAGUUGCCUGAUGAAGCUGCGUUCACCUCGUAGCUGUGCUUUCCUUUGAGGUGAUGUGUGAUUGACGUUCCGGUGGCUCCGCUUGUCCUGCCGAAUCCACAGUCGCAUUGAUACAAAGUCAUCUUGUGCAGCAAAUGGAACAAUGAAUAUCCAUAAUGUAUACAAAGUUGAUUUGCUUGUCUGCUAUGGCGAAGAACUCUUCUUCAACGAAAAUUUCAAGUCUCCACGAUGCGUACCGGCAUACGGCAUAGAUCUGAGGGCGUUUCCGCUCUCGAUGAACUGUCACAUUGACGCGACUCCCGCGCCUACCGUAUGCAUAGUUUUAACCCUACCGUACUAGAAGUCGCCUCGACUCCCACUCAAAAUUUCCAUCCUCGUUUUUGGUGAAGGCCUUGGCUUGGUUCCGCAGCUGUGUUUGUUCCCACUUGCACGGAAUGGGCAACAAAAGCUCGACAACUUUUCGAUCGACUGGGAACUCACAAGUGUUGGCAUCGUAGCAACCUGUGGCAAAAUAGGUGACGAACCGAACACGAGUAAAAUAAUUGCAAACAGCAUGCGAAGG